UUCCUCGCCCCUCGCUCGCCCAGCACCCAUGGGGCUCCUCCGAAGGCGCCUCGCGCCCCUCCUCCUCCUCUUCCAGGCACAGGUUUGCUGGCCUCGGUGCGCAGCCUCCGAGCCGUGCCCGCCGAGUAUCGGGGCGGCUGAAGUGACCUUGGAGGCGGCCAGCACCGAGCUGCAGCCCGGCCCGGCGCUGGGGCCAGCAGCAUUUACCGGCUCUCCUGGGCAACAGGGGCCCCUGCUCGGCAUUGCUAAUGACGACUUCAGUGUCCUGGCCCGGGAAACUGCCCAGGAAAGGAAGGAAGCAGAGGUCUCCCCAUUAAAACGGAUCUUACGAAGACGCAAGCGAGAGUGGGUGGUGCCACCUAUAUCUGUUCCUGAGAAUGGCAAGGGCCCUUUCCCCCAGAGGCUGAAUCAGCUCAAGUCUAAUAAGGACAGAGGCACCAAGAUUUUCUAUAGCAUCACAGGGCCUGGAGCAGACAGCCCCCCUGAGGGCAUCUUCUCCAUAGAGAAGGAGACAGGCUGGCUGCUGCUGAACAAACCACUGGACCGGGAGAUGAUCGCCAAGUAUGAGCUCUUCGGCCAUGCCGUGUCGGAGAAUGGGGCCUCAGUGGAGGAUCCCAUGAACAUAUCGGUCAUCGUGACAGACCAGAACGACCACAAACCCAAGUUCACCCAGGAUGUCUUCAGAGGGAGUGUCUUGGAGGGGGUGCUGCCUGGAACUUCUGUGAUGCAGGUGACAGCCACGGACGAGGAUGACGCCAUCAACACGUACAACGGCGUGAUUGCCUACACCAUCCACAGCCAGGAACCCAAGGACCCGCAUGACCUCAUGUUCACUGUCCACCGCAGCACCGGCACUAUCAGUGUCAUCUCCAGUGGCCUGGACCGGGAGAAAAUCCCUGAGUACACGCUAACCAUCCACGCUACAGACCUGGACGGGGACGGGUCCUCUGCCACAGCAGUGGCCAUCAUAGAGAUUCUUGAUGCCAAUGACAACGCUCCCAUGUUUAAGCCCCAGAAGUACGAGGCCCGAGUGCCUGAGAACAAAGUAGGCCAGGAGGUGCAGAGGCUGACGGUGACCGACCUGGAUGCCCCCAGCUCUCCAGCGUGGCGGGCCUCCUACCGCAUCGUGGGGGGUGACGCCGCAGACCAUUUCACCAUCACCACGCACCCCGAGAGCAACCAGGGCAUCCUGACCACCAGAAAGGGCUUGGACUUUGAGGCCCAGAACCAGCACACCUUGUACAUCGAAGUGACCAACGAGGCACCCUUCAUGGUGAUGCUCCCCACCUCCACAGCCACCGUUGUGGUCUACGUGGAAGAUGUGAAUGAGGCCCCCGUGUUUGUCCCGCCUACCAAAGUCAUUGAGGCCCAGGAGGGCAUCUCCGUCGGGGAGACUGUCUGUGUCUACACUGCACAAGACCCUGACAAGGAGGGUCAGCAGAUCAGCUACCACAUCCUGAGAGACCCCGCAGAGUGGCUGGCCGUGGACCCAGACAGCGGACAGGUCACUGCCGCAGGCACAUUAGACCGAGAAGAUGAGCGGUUUGUAAAGAACAACGUCUAUGAAGUCAUGGUCUUGGCCACGGACAAUGGGAGCCCACCUGCUACUGGCACGGGGACCCUCCUACUGACACUUACGGACAUCAACGACCAUGGCCCGCUCCCCGAACCCCGUCAGAUCACCAUCUGCAACCAAAGCCCGGUGCCUCAAGUGCUGAACAUCACAGACAAGGACCUGUCACCCCACUCCUCCCCUUUCCAGGCUCAGCUCAUGCACGACUCAGACAUCCACUGGAUGGCAGAGGUCAAUGAAAAAGGAGACACGGUGGCCUUGUCCCUGAAGAAGUUCCUGAAGCAAGACGAGUAUGAUGUGUACCUCUCUCUCUCUGACCUCGGCAAUAAGGAACAGCUGACAGUGAUCAGGGCCACUGUGUGUGACUGCCAGGGCCACGUGGAAGCCUGUCCGGAGCCCUGGAAGGGCAGUUUCGUCUUCCCUAUCCUGGGGGCUAUCCUGGCCCUGCUGUUCCUUCUGCUGGUUCUCCUCCUACUGGUGAGAAGGAAGCGGAAGGUCAAAGAGCCCCUCCUGCUUCCGGAAGAUGACACGCGCGACAAUGUCUUCUACUACGGCGAGGAGGGUGGUGGCGAGGAGGACCAGGACUAUGACAUCACUCAGCUGCACCGGGGGCUGGAGGCCAGGCCUGAGGUAGCCCUUCGUAACGACGUGGCGCCCACCUUCAUCCCCACGCCCAUGUACCGCCCCCGGCCCGCCAAUCCUGAUGAGAUCAGCAACUUCAUCACUGAGAACCUGAAGUUGGCCAACACGGACCCCACGGCCCCACCCUACGACUCCCUGCUGGUGUUCGACUACGAGGGCAGUGGCUCGGACGCCGCGUCGCUCAGCUCCCUCACGUCCUCCGCCUCCGACCUGGACCAGGACUACGACUACCUGAGCGAGUGGGGCAGCCGCUUCAAGAAGCUGGCCGACAUGUACGGCGGCGGCGACGACGAGGACUAAGCCGGCCCCACGGGCCCAGGGACUGGACAUCUGGCCACAGCAGCUUCUCCCAGGGGUGUCGGUUCCCCUCCAGCCCCCCACCCCCAUGGAGGAAUUGGGGGGGCCACUCAGCAGCCUGGAGGGCAGAGGCUACAAGGCGGGGUGCUCGGGGCUGGGUUCUAGGCCUUUCUCCUUGGAAAACGUGGAUACCUUCAACACCCACCACCUCUAGCCCUCGGUCCAAGUCGUCACAGGGGCUGAACUUCCAGAAGUUUCCCACCUGCCAUAAAAUGCUCAGCACAGGCUCAGGCUGAGGCCCCGGCCUGCUCCCACGCCCCCUGUGGCAUUUCCCUUGAAAAUGGACCCUUCUCUUUGGAGAGAGGCCUAUUACUAAAACUGCUCCCAUUUGUGUGGGUUUUGUUUUUGUUGUUUUUUUAUACUAAGAGUUCCAGGCGGGUCCCUGGUGUCCCUUGGGUCUCCUGUGUCACCCCCCCCCCCCCCCCGAAGCGCAGUGGGCCUCGGAGGCCAGCGCUGGUCCUCCGCCUCUGCGCUCCCGGCCCCAAGACCUCGCAUGCGGCUGCGUCACUGUAUUUCUACUCUGUAUAUGUCUAGAUUUGUUCUGUGUGUUUUUGUUAUUGUUUUAAAUUUUCCCCUAUUUUUUAAAACUUUCCCUGUGACAUGCUGUAGGUUGAAGGGUGAUGACAAUCGUGUAAAUGUACUAGAACUUUUUGUAUUAAAGGAAAACUUCCCAGA